AUGGACGCUAUUUUCGAAACCGCCUUUGCACAGCUUGGCCACCCGCCAGGUUCCAUCGGAGGUGCACUCCUACCCAACAGCUCCCAACAGUUGGGGACGCAGGCCAUGAUCAACACAGUCUCCAGGUUCAUGAACGUCCCCCAGACCCCUGACCACGUCACCGCCGAGCUGUUGGGGAGCAUCCUCGUUGAGCGGUACUUCAUCGAGUACGCCGACUUCAUCCCACCCAGCGUCGCCAACGAGCACCGCUUCCUCACCAACAGGGCCGCCCUCAGCAACGAGUCCUACCAGACGCCCGUCAGCCUCAGGUCCUGGUGGGGGUCCAUGAUCAGGAGCGUGCAGGACGAGGCGGCGCCCCUGGGAGCCCUCAUCCGCCUCAUGGCCGAGGGGGAGUUCACCCCGGAGGUGGGCAUCUUCCGCGACAUGAUGUCCUCGACGCGCCACUUCGUCCUCGCGGCCGCCACGUGCGGCGAGCACGACUGGGCCGGCGUGUUCGCCAACGUCGAGGACUAUGUUUACCACGGGACGCGCCGGUACACGGGCAUCCGGCACCUGGUCGAGAGCCGCAGGGUCGAGGAGGCCAAGGUGAGGGUGGACAGCGACGAGGCCAUGCUCGACGCGAGGCUCUACGGCCCCUGGGAGCAUUUCAUCCAGCCUUUGCGUGAGGCGAUUCUCAAGUUCCGUCAGGAGCACGGUCUGCUUUGA